CCGAUGGAGGUUGUAAAGUUGAAUAUUGCUUGAUGUAAUUAAACAUUCACAUGCUAAAACGAGCGUGUGCAACAGAGCAGAGGAAAUAGUUAAUCAAUGCCCUGGUGGUUCAAUGUGUGUGCCGAUGCCAAGGUCAGAGUCGAAUGUUGAAAACGAAAAUCUAACCGUGCGCUCGGUAUAAACUGGAAGCCGCGAUUCCGGUGCGUGCAAAAUGGUUCGAAGAAGGAAAGCGCAAUAAAUCAAUGUAUUCACUGGAGGAGGCUUUUUUCUGCAGCGCUUCGACUUCGUCUCAAUGGAACCGGCGUACCCGUGCUAAGGUGGAUCAGCUGAAACGCCCGUACAGCAACCGUAGCGGCAAACGACGCAGGAAACACGAAGCGACAAUACCGACACGGCCCAUCACAAUCCGUUGCGUUUGACCAGGCCGGUGGUCCUAUUCGUUUAGGUUGCCCAUUUUGCUUUUUUCCUGUUGUUGCUGCUACUACUCCAAGCAAACAGCAUCAUCAGCUCGAUAGAGCGCUCGUGUGGAUGACGCAGCAUGGAGCUACUAUAAAUUAGCCUAGCAGAAAAUCUUUCCACCAACCGCACGACGGUCACUUCUCUCUCACACUAUCUUUCGUGUUCCAAAGUGAAGAAGAUUAAUCGCUUGGAAAGAAAAGAGUACGCGCGCUACACACUACAACGGCGAGUUAGCUGAUUGUAGAUCUAGUAGAAUUAAAGCGCCAUUGAUAAGGGCAUACGCUAGAAAAAUCCACCACCAUCUGGAAACGGGGUUUACAUUCCGCGACUCGACAGACGCUGACGAGUCGCACAGCCUGAAGUAAUCACUGUUUAUCCACACAAACGAGCCUGUGUCGAUUCAUCACCCCGGGAAUCAAGAUGCCGUGCUAUAGUUUAAGAAAUAUUAUAAAAUAUCCACGAGCCGUAUUGCGAACGAUUCUGGUAGUGGCGAACAACAUCUACUGUGUGCCGACGUAUUUGGUGUGGAUGUUUUUGCUGCUACCGCUUCGGAAGAUCCACGAAACAUAUUACUAUCGCAUCGAGGGCAUACUGUUCCAUUGGCUGCUCGCAAACGUAUCCAUGUGGUCCUGGACGGCAGGUUACGAAGUGGUAGAGAUGGGUGACGAUAUUACGACGGCAUUCGACAAGCGCACGUUGGUGUUGGCGAACCAUCAAAGUACCUCGGACGUACCGCUUCUGAUGGCGGCCUUUAACGCGAAGAAAGGCAUUCUGCCAAAUAUCAUGUGGAUUAUGGAUCGGCUGUUCAAGUAUACCAACUUCGGUGCUGUGAGUCUUGUCCAUCAGGACUUUUUCAUUGCUUCGGGCAAGAAAAACCGCGAAAAGUCACUACAGCAGCUCAAAUCGCAUAUACAACAAUGUUACGUACCGAGAAAACGAAAGUGGAUGGUACUAUUCCCCGAGGGUGGUUUCUUGCGCAAAAGAAAGGAAGUUAGUCAGAGAUUUGCAGAGAAAAACAAUCUACCAGUAUUAAACAAUGUCACCUUGCCGCGCGUAGGUGCUAUGAAGGCGAUCAUGGAUAUGCUCGGGGCACCAAGUGACAUAAACGUUUGCUCUUCCUUCUCCGCCACAAACAACCCGACACAGGUGGGUAGUGUGGUGGGGCAGGAUGCGGUUAAACAAUCCGACAGCAACAACAGCACUAUCAUCAGUAGCAAAGCAAUAAACAAGGAAGACGAUGACUGUGAUACCUGUAAGGAUGCGACGUACGCAAUGCUAAACGGGCAAUCGGGUGGCUGCAUAGAAUACGUACUAGACAUUACGAUCGCGUACCCGCAAGGCACUCCACUAGAUUUACCUAACAUCGUGCACGGUAUGCGGAAUCCCUGCCAGACCUUUUUAUUCUACAAACUUUACCAUAGUUCUGAGGUGCCACGUGAAAGUGAAUCUCUCACCCAGUGGUUGUACAAUCGAUUUUACGAGAAGGAAAAAUUGCUUGAAGAGUUUUAUCGUACCGGCACCUGGCCGGCCAGCUGUACCAUUCCGCCGACGGUCGUACACCAGGAUCUGCUUCGGUUUUUGCUGAUACAUCUGUUUUUCGUUACCUCUACUUAUGUGCAUCUGCAGCUCAUUUUAAUGUUGAUCAACUACACGAACGUCAUGUACGUGUACAUGUUGAGCUAAACAUACGAACCGUCGUACGACGCUGUUCCGCAUUCUCUCUAAUCUCGCAGCUAGGCAAGGCAAAAGCACAACACAGCACAGCUACGAUAAAGCAAAACCCCGCGCCCAGAGGAGAGUUUACAUAUGUUUACUUAACGGAAGGAAGACACGGAGAACGAACUGAAGUGAAAAAAAAAAACAAAUCUGCAAAGCAAACAAACUCUAAGUCGCACCAAGUGA